UACAGCGCAUUCCGUCCCCCUGCGUGCCACCGGCUCAAACAUGGCCGCCAAGUUCCUCCUUCAAAGAUCAACACAGGGACUUCUGUUCUCCUCCAGAUCUGUACCCGCUUUCUCCAGCCCAUUUCUCUGCCGAGCUCACAGAUUAGGGCCAAGUGACGAUGAGACGUACCAGCGGACCUCCGUGUCCAUCAUGAAGAGGGAGGCCAACAAUGGGAUCCUGAUACACAGCUACAGUCCUAUGGGAUUCAACAUCGAUGGAAACCGGGUGUUUGGGCCCUGCGUUGUGAUACCGCCUGCCAUCCUUCAGUGGAAUAUUGGAAGUUCUGAAGACAUCACAGAGGAAAGCAUCUCUCUCUUCCACAUGCUUGAACCACCUAUAGAGAUUCUUGUGCUGGGCACAGGGUCAAGGGUCGAACGAAUUAACCCCUCAGUCCUCGCACUCUUGAAGCGGAAACGCAUCGCUUUGGAGGUGCAGGACACGCCGAAUGCCUGUGCAACAUUCAACUUUCUGAACAGCGAGCGGCGGCUGGUGGCCGCUGGUCUGAUUCCUCCCUCUUACAGCAGAGCUCUAGAAGUGAAACAGGAUGAAAGUGAGGACUCAAAGUGAGAGAGUAAAUGGUCAUUUAAAGAUGAGGUUCACAUUCAAGUGGGAGGAUCGUCUCCCUGGCACUCUUAUCAAAGCUUUGAGCUACUUUGAGAAAAUUUUAAACCAAGUUGUGGCAAUUUUUCACUGUCACAUUCUGGUUUGAAAGUAAAUACAACUUUCAGUCAUAAAUGAACAAGUUGAGUAAAUCUGUAUUCUGCUGUAUAAAGUCGUUGUAUAGACUGGUUAUAAAUACAUUUGUUAAAUACGA